AGAAGCAAGUAAAAAGUUGUUGACAUUUUUUGUAGGAAAGGGGAAGUAAGUCUAACCAAUGGCGAAAUAAAGGAACAAUAUUUCCGGCCUGAGUUAUAUCUGCAACAGUAGUAACAACAAAGGUUUUUAUCAAGUGAUUCGAGAAAAAGCAUAAGGUUAUGUCAACGGACAGAGCAGAAGUCUGUGCUUCUGCUGAACCUCAAGACAUGGGCAAACAGGAUGCUCAGAGGGAAGAAACUCACGAACCUGGCAGCCCAGGCAAAGAUACGCCACCUCCAACAUCUUCAGCAGUGCCUUCUUCACCUAAACUAAGCAAAGUUGAUGUCCUGUUAAAGCCAGCUGGAAAUGCACCUAUUUUAAAAAAGAAAAAGUGGACAGUUGAUAGGCACAAAAAAAUCAGUUGGAUAGCUGAAUUUAUUAGAAAGUGUAUACGAACAGAGACAGAAGACUCAGUUUUUGUAUAUGUCAACCAGUCCUUUUCUCCUGCACCAGACACAGACAUUGGAACACUUUUUGAUUGUUUUGGAAGCGACGGCAAGCUAGUCAUUUACUAUUGUCGAACUCAAGCUUGGGGUUGAAGGCUUCACGCAAUCACCAUAGUCUUUGGUGAUUUAUAUUGGAUUUUGUCUCCAGCUUUUCAGUGACAUUACAACCUGAUUAUCUUGAUAGACUAAUCACUUCACACAUACAUCAUUCCAUCAUUGUAUAGAUGUAUAUGAUGUAAAUAAUAAUUAUUGUGUGAUGCUCAUGGAUAAAACUGUCCACAUAAAAGACCUGAUGCUCCCUUCGGGUUACUGUUGUGUCAAGCCCUGCUUGCUUAUUUCAUAGUGUAUGUGAUUAUAAAUAAAGUGUUUUACCAUGGGAGACUGAAAAAAAGCAUGUAAAAUUAAGUUUGUGUAUGUCACAAUAUACUAACCUAACAGUGAAAUAAAAUGCUAACAAAGAUUAAUCAUAGAUUAUUACUAAAGCUCUUAAAGGCAUCAAAGUAUUAACCUAUUAGCUGAAUACAGCUGGAAGAAAAACCUGUUUUUACUUGGCUUAGAACAUUAUGCACAUUUUAAAAAUUUAUUAUUGUUUGGAGCUGACAUAAACAGACAGCAUCUCAUGGUUCCAGCUUCAACAUUUUUUUUUAACAAACAGUACCUGUGGUGUUUUUUGUUUUUGUUUUUGUUUUUGUUUUUUUUUUAUGCAAAGUCUGGCUAGAUUGUGCUACAAGUACUACUUGUAAAAGUUUCCUGUAAUGUGGCUGAUAAACAUGAAUCCAUGAUA